AUGGACGCUGUUCAUGUCGACGGCGCGAGAAAGGCGCCAGGCGAUUGGUCACCCGACGCCUGCCGCACCGUCGCUGCAGAGCUCACCAAUACCCUCGACCUGGGCGCGAAUCGUCAGCUCGUAGUCGAAGCCCUCGUCUUCAUCCACUUCUCCGUAUAUACUUUUGCCGAGAGACUACGUCGACGCCAAGGUCGCAGAUAUCACCAAUCGCCACGUCACUUUCUCAGCUUCAUCGAAUACUAUGUCCAGGUCUCCAAUCAGAAGCGCGACGAGCUCGAGGAUCAGCAACGCUUCUUGCUCGUCGGUCUCGACAAGCUUCGUUCCACCGUAGACCAGGUCGAAGAGCUUCAGAAGAGCCUCGCUGUCAAGCGCACACAACUCGAAGCUAAGAACGCUCAGGCGAAUCAGAAGCUGCAGAGCAUGGUCAAGGAUCAGCAAGAGGCAGAACAGAAGCGAGCAGCUUCCAUCGAAAUCCAGGCGGCUCUCGCAGAUCAGGAGCAGGAGAUCGGUCAAAGGAGGCAGGUCGUCAUGGCAGAUCUCGCAGACGCAGAACCAGCCGUGCAAGAUGCUCAGGCUAGCGUCAGCAACAUCAAGAAGCAGCAUCUCACCGAAGUCCGUUCCAUGGGCAAUCCUCCACUGCCCGUCAAGAAUGCCAUGGAGUCUGUUUGCAUCAUCCUCGGCCACAAGAUCGAAAGCUGGAAGACGGUACAGGCCAUCAUCCGCAGAGACGACUUCAUCGCUUCCAUUGUCAACUUUGACACGGAUCGUCAAAUGACGCGCCAGAUUCGAGAAAAGAUGAUCCGCGACUAUCUCUCUAAACCCGGCUACGACUUUGCCACCAUCAACCGUGCCAGUCAGGCUUGCGGGCCGCUCGCAAAAUGGGUCAUCGCACAAGUACGAUUCUCCGAGAUUCUUGACAAAGUUGGCCCGCUGCGUGACGAGGUGCAGUCGCUAGAGCAGCAAGCAGAAGACACGAAGCUCCAAGCAGGCGAGAUCGUCAACAUGAUCGCAGAGCUCGAGAACAGCAUCGCUACUUACAAGGACGAAUACGCUGCUCUCAUCAGCGAGACGCAAGCCAUCAAGUCCGAAAUGGAGCGCGUGCAGAACCGCGUCUCCCGCUCGAUGCAGCUUCUCGACAGCUUGUCUUCCGAAAAGCAACGUUGGGAGACCGGCAGCCGCACCUUUGACGACCAGAUGAGCACCAUCAUCGGCGACGCUCUGCUCUCAGCUGCCAUGCUCGCCUACGCAGGCUACUUUGACCAGCAAUAUCGCGAGUCCAUGUGGCAAUACUGGUCAGAUCAUCUCCGUCAAGCCGAGAUCAAGUUCAAGCCAGAGCUCUCCUUUGCCGACUAUCUCUCCACCGCAGACGAGCGUCUCGAAUGGCAGGCCAAGUCGCUCCCAGCCGAUACCCUUUGCACCGAGAACGCCAUCAUGCUUAAGCGCUGGAACCGAUAUCCGCUCAUCAUUGACCCCUCGGGCCAGGCGGUCAACUUUCUGCUCAACGAGUACAAGGUACAGAAGCUCACUGUCACCAGCUUCCUCGAUGAAGCAUUCCUCAAAGCUCUGGAGAGCUCGCUGCGAUUUGGCAAUCCUCUGCUAAUCCAAGACGUCGAAUAUCUUGACCCCAUCCUCAACCCCGUACUCAAUAAGGAGCUCCGAAGAACAGGCGGUCGAGUCCUCAUUCGUCUAGGCAGCCAAGACAUUGACUUUUCGCCCUCCUUCAACAUGUUCCUCACCACUCGCGACCCAUCAGUCGAGUUCUCGCCGGACAUCUGCAGCCGUGUCACCUUUGUCAACUUCACCAUGACACGCGGCAGUCUGCAGAGCCAGUCGCUCGAUCAGGUGCUCAAAGUCGAGCGCCCAGACACGGACCGCAAGCGAACCGAUCUCAUGAAGUUGCAAGGCGAGUUCCGUCUCCGACUCCGCCAUCUUGAGCGAUCACUGUUGACCGCCCUCAACGAGUCUGAAGGCAACAUCCUCGACGACGACAAGGUCAUCGACACUCUCGAGACGCUCAAAAAGGAAGCAGCCGAAGUCACGUCCAAGGUCGAAGAGACAGACGCCAUCAUGCAAGAGGUGGAUCAGGUCACAGCACAAUACGUUCCGCUGGCAAAGGCCUGCAGCUCGGUCUUCUUUGUGCUCGACCAACUCCACCUUAUUUCGCACUUCUACCAGUUCUCGUUACGCUUCUUCCUCGACAUCUUCGACUACGUGCUACGUCGUAACCCGCACUUGGAAGGCGUCACAGAUCCCAAGCAGAGACUCGACAUCCUCAUGCGCGAUCUGUUCUUGGUUGUCUUUCACAGGACAAGCAAGGCCCUUGCUCAUCACGACCACGUCAUGCUGGCAAUGCUGCUUGCUCAGAUCAAAGCACGCGAGGAGGGGCACACCGACACGCUCGACAGCGACGAAUACGAGUUCUUGCUCGAAGGCGGCAACGUCGCGGGAGCUGCAGCGUCGACGAGCGGGGCAGCUGGCGACAGCAACACACAGCGACGCGGGGAUGGCGAGGUCGAGGCGAUGCUGGACGAGGAGCAGCUGGCGCGUGUUCAGGUCUUCAAGCGUCUCGCGUUCUUCCGCACGAUCGAAGAGCAUAUGGAAGCCAACACCGACAAGUGGCUCGCUUUCCUCAACUCGAACAAUCCAGAAACAUCAGUGCCCGUCUUCUGGUCUGAAGACGAGCAGCAGGACGAAGACUUGGCGGACCAGGUACGGAAGAUGCUGGUCGUCAAGUGCCUGCGUCCCGACCGCAUUGUCCAAGCCAUGGCUGCUUUCGCUUCACGCAUCUUCGGCCAGGAUGUUCUUGGUGACCCAGGAUAUGAGCUCGGUCGGAUCGUCGCUGAAGAGGUGGACGCCAGCACACCCGUUGCUCUCUGCUCGGUGCCAGGCUAUGAUGCCAGCUACCGAGUCGACCACCUCGUCAAGCUUGUUGGUGCGCGAUGCACACCGGUGGCCAUGGGAUCACAAGAAGGUUUCGCACUAGCCGAUCAUGCCAUCACAUCGGCCGCACGCACAGGCAACUGGGUCCUGCUCAAGAAUGUCCACCUGGCACCCAGCUGGCUGUCCCAACUCGAGAAGAAGAUGCACGGUCUUAACCCGAAUCGCAACUUCCGUCUCUUCCUCACUUGCGAGACCUCGCCUUCGAUCCCCGUCAACUUUCUGCGCGCCUCCCGCAUCUUGAUGAACGAGCCACCACCGGGUAUCCGCGCUAGCAUGCUUGACAGCCUCAAGAGCAUCGCACCUGGCCGCCUGCAGCGUGGACCGGCCGAGACGCCAAGGCUCUACUUCUUGUUGGCUUUCUUCCACGCCACGCUGACGGAGCGAUUGCGAUACACGCCGCUAGGCUGGUCGAAGCCAUUCGAAUUCAACGACUCGGACGCCGAGGCAGCGUUGGAUAUCAUUGAGGGAUGGGUGGCCCAGGUGGCAAAAGGUCGUGCCAAUGUCGACCCACAGCAGCUGCCUUGGGACGCCAUCCGAUCUCUCCUCAAGCAGAGCGUCUACGGAGGCAAGAUCGACAACAAUCCGGAUCAGACUUUGCUCGACUCGUUUGUCGACGAGCUGUUCUGCGCUCAGGCGUACGACGUCGACUUCCAGCUCGUCAAGGACGACAAGGACCCGCUCGUUGCGCCAGAGGGCACAAAGAUAGAGACGUUCGUCAGCUGGGUGCAGGCGCUGCCGGAACAGCAACCACCGCAAUGGCUGGCUUUGCCGCCAAGUGCAGAGAAGGUGAUCGCUGCGGCACAGGGCACGGCACUGCUGAGCAAGCUAGUCAGGAUGAAGCAGUUGGCGGACGACGACGAUGACGAGACAAUUGGUCAGAGCACUGGCGGCAGCAGCAGCAGCGCAGCCAAAGAAACAGCCUCGUCCACCGCAGCGUCAAGUUCGUCCUCGGUGCAGCCAAGCUGGAUGAAGGCGUUACGAGCAAACGCGAUGCAGUGGCUCGAUUUGCUCCCCAGCACCGUAUCCUCCUUUGGCAAAGAUGCAGGGUCAGUGCAGGAUCCGCUGUACCGCUUUUGGGCGCGAGAGCACCGCACAGGCUCAUCGCUGCUCUCCACCGUACGCAAGGACCUGCUCGAGGUGGUUGCCGUGUGCGAUGGCAACUCGCGACAGACCAAUCACAACCGAGCGCUGCUCACCGACCUGCCGAAAGCCGUCAUCCCGCAAUCAUGGCGUCGAUACGCGGUGCCGAAAGCCAUGACCCUCCCAGAAUGGAUCGUCGAUCUCCGAGCGCGUCUCGAGCAGCUAGAGCGCAUCACACGCGAAGCUGCCGAGGUAGGCGGAGCGUCCGGUGGCGGAUACGACAUGGUCGAGGUCAUCCUCGGCCUGCUCUUCUCUCCCGGCGCCUACCUGACGGCGACACGACAAAGUGUCGCUCACGCUUCCAAGGUGUCAUUGGAGAAUCUUUCACUCAAGCUGCUGCUCAACGACCCCAAAGCAGGGCUGGAUGCGGGCAAAUUCGCGAUCCGCGGACUGAAGCUGCAAGGCGCCAACUGGGAUGCAGAAAGCAAGAAGAUCAGGCUCAAUGAUGGUGCUGUGACCAACCUGGGGUUGACUGCGCUGGUGUGGGACAAGCAGGCGGACAGUCAGAAAGACCAGGCGCAGCAGGGCAAGGUGCUGAUCAGCGUCUAUCUCAACCAGGACCGAAGUCAGGCGCUGUUUGCGACGCUGUUGGAUGUGGACGCGGGGGUCAAGGCGGCGACGGUGGCUCAGCGGGCGGUCGCUUUGCGCGCUGCCUAG